GUCCCCAGUCAAAUUGCGGGAGCUCUCCCUCAGAGUCCAGCUUUGUGUGUGUGUGAAUCUUUUGUGAGCCAAGAUGGCGCGGUUUCAUUUCCCGGCAAAACCUGGGAAGUUUUCUAUCAGAAAACCUCGAAUUUCCACCAGGAAACUUAAUUUCAAUAGUGACAAAUUAUUGGUGGCGGAAAAGACUGAAAGAUUCCUUGCAGAUUUUUAUAAUUUAGUCGGGGACUCAGAUGAAGAAGAGGUUGGGUUCAAUGGAUUUACAGAGGAAGCUGUUGAGGUUGCUCAGCAGACCUUUAAACUAUUAGAAGAGGAAGGAAACACUCUCAGGGAGGAGCUAUGGCUGGCUAAAGGAGUAAAGUUGGAUAGAAAAGAUCGAGAAAUUAUAAAACAAAAUGCAAAUAAGAACUCUGGUUCGGAGUGGCGGAGGAAAACGAUUGAAUUCUCCACGGAAAGCUCUGGAAGCUCCGGGGCGGGAGCUUUAUCCGCUCCGGAGUCAGAGCUUCUCCAGGAGAACAAGACAGGGAGCUCGGAGAUGAGCACUUGCUCCGAACAGGAAAAUGGCUGGGUAGAGGAAAACCCCGGCAUGGUCGGGGGCAGGCGGAGCCUUCCAACUCCCGCAAGUGAUCCUAAUUUAUUAGUUGAGGGUAAGAGGAUCCGGAAACCAUCAUCCAAACUACAGACUAAACAACCCACUCUCAACCCGACAAACUUUGACACCACCAGCCUCACACCGGACCUCAAGGUGAAGGACACAAAGGAGAAAAAAGGUCGUGCUAUGAGUUCAUCGUCCGACGCGGAAUCCCUCUUCAAGUCGGUACAGGAGUAUACUGCAGCUAUAACCGGCGGUAAAACUGACGGAUCUGGUAAAAUUAAACAAAUUCAGCAAAUCCUACAGAGUCAGUGGAUAUCUAGGAUAAAGGGAAUCAAAAACAAAGAAAGAAAUGUUGAGACAGGAAUAUCUAAACCUGAAGCAACUCAUAAACCCUCUCCUGCUCAAUCUGAACCUAGUUCUAGCUCGGCUAAACCUAAACCUCUGCUUAGAGAACCUGUUCUUAGUGUUAAACCUCUACAUCUUUUCUCCCAGGAGUGGGUUGACAAGCUCAGGGGUAGGAAAGGAAGACAAGAACUCAGUCGGACAAUUCAGCAGUUCAUCUCCAAAAAGAACUCAAGGGACAAGUUUUCCAACUUGAGAAUUCUACUUUGUAAUGGAGAAUUUGUCAAUCCAGUUGGGUGUGCCCUAGUAGAGGAUGAAGAGGAUGAUUAUGGAAUAGUUGUAUGUGGUGUAUGUGGAACUCUUACACCAGCACAGACGUUAUCUUCAUCCCUGAUAGAGAACACCUACCUGUGUACCUUGUGCUGUAAGUUCUCGACGAGGAUCCUCUCAUCCAACCAGAACAAACCUGUUUGUAAAUCAGGAGAAUUCUCCUGUACUCUAGGAGACAAGGCGGAAAGAAACUGUUCUGCCUGCUGGCUCCGCCUCACUUGCUCUAUUCUGGGCGGAAAAAAUAAAUCUGAGAAUUGGGUAAAACUGUGCAAACAGUUCUCAAACCUGAAUUUCGUUGUUAACCAAAAUGCCGGCAAGAAGCUGAAUCUGGACAGGGAUGAUCCUGUCUUCUCUAUCCUUUCUGGGUCGGAGACAUGCUCAGAGAUAUCUGUCAAAUCUACAAACAAAUAUUCAACCCCUCAUCCUGUAAUAAAUUCAUCGGAAAACAAUCCCCCAGCAAUGGUUAAAAGAUUACCUAGACGGACGGAAAUGGUUCUAAACCUUGCUGGAGGUUGGAGAAAGAAAAUUUAUAAAUCUCGGAAACGUUGGUCCGUUCUUCUCCUGGCUCCAGACUCUACUGUUUUAAGGGAUGAUGGAGAACUAACUAAAUAUCUACGGCUGAAGAAGAUGAAGAAGAACGAGAAUGUUCUCAACUUUCAUCUACCUCCGCUAACAGAACAGGUUGUUGAGCAGAUAAAAGAGGCGAAAUGUGCUGCUAAAAUACAAUCGAGCAGCUCCAGUUCUAAGGAUAUUGAGACAAGCAGCUUAGUUAGCAGCACUUCAGCGACUUCUUGGAGCAGCACCAGCAAUAGUUCAGCUAAACGGCAAAGCAGACCUCCGCCAAGGUUCCAGGAGUUUCAAGUUAGUCUACUCAAUAUGGAUUCUAGACCAGUAGACUUCACACUAGAGAAACAUGAAUCAGAAUCCUUCAAAGAGUUUCUCCUGAGUAAAGAAUCUCCGGUUAAAUCCGAAAUCGUGAUCUCUAAAUCUACCUCUAACAAAUCAAAGAAAACUUCUCAAAUACUUAAAAUAGCUUCCGAACCCCAAGUGGACACAAACGCAACCUCAAUAAAAGCUAAUCCCAAAACAAAUCAAGCUGGCAUUAAUGAUGAAGAAAAGGCAACAGAUUUUACCGUUAAAAAUACCGAUAAUAUGGCAAAGUUUGCCAAAUCUAAAACCGGAAAGAAAUCUAAGGAAGUUGAAACCACCACUAACCUGAAGAUACAAGCCAUAGAUGAACAGACGAAUAAUGAUAACGAAGUUUUUAAGUCUAAUGAGAUAAGAGUCUCGAAGAGAACCAGUAAACCUCCAAAAAAUCUUGAAGAUUUUGAAACUCUUCUUAAAACGACCAAUGUCAAACCAGAGGAGGCUGCCAACGUGGAAAUUGUAUGCGUGAAAGAUACAGUACAACCUGAAAUUCAAUCGGACACUAAAUCUGAUCCUACAUCUCAAAUAAUUACACCUGCAUGUUCAGUUAUUUCUGACCCUGAAAGUCGAAGCUCGAAAAGGGAGCACAAGACUCCGAAGAAGCUGAACGGAUUUGUUUUAAAUCCUGUUCGAGAAGAACUCUUGGAGUCAAAUUCUAUUUCAAGCGUGAAAGUAUCCCCCUUAAAAACACUGACCCUGAAGCAAAACCCGGACUUAGAUAUUUGUGCAAGUAGGCCGUACCAAAAAUCCAUGAGUAGAAAGAAAAAGAAACUACUGAAAACUCUAGUAAAAUCUCCAAUUCUUGGCGAGAAAUCUCCAGAAAGUGUCGGGAAAAGCUCUGACAAGGAGAAUUCAGAUAUCCCAGCAAUCCCUAUCCCUGUUGAACCAAAAGCAGACAUAAAAAUGCUCACAUUAAAAAGUCUAGACGAUUCUGAAAGUAAUCCUUCUACAAAUCUUUUGAAACGUAAGAGAGGUCGCCCAUCUUUACAGGAUUCUGAGCGAAAUAUUAAAAUUCUAAAAGCUGACCCCUCCGCGUCCUCUUCCAUUCCUGCUAAUCAAGGAAAAGACAAGAAAGCGAAUAGUUCUUCACGUUGGGUUAGUGGACAAUUUAUAUGUGAGGUGUGCAGUAAAGAUUGUGGAUACAGACAGAACCUUUAUUGUCACAUGAAGCAGCAUGAGAAGUUUGGAGAGACCCUUAUAAAAACUAAAUCUCUUCCGAGAGGAAGGGUUAUCAAGUAUAAACCAGUUUCAGUUACUCCUACUAGCUCAGGAGCUCAGCCUCUUAUUAUUGCAAGGAAAAAGAGUGUUGUCAUCGAACCUGAUGAAAUUAUAACGGAUACUCACAAAGUAAUUAAAGAAGACGUGCCAGAAGUUAAGAUAGAAGAAACAAAAACUAAAUGGAGAGAUGGAAUACAACCUACUCAGUGGAAGUUUGAUAUUUAUAUCUGUGAUGUUUGCAAGAAGGAUUGCGGAUACAGUACAAAUCUAGCCAUACACAGGAAACGAAGUCAUGGUAUAUUAGAGAGGCAGGAACUCCUAGGUCCAAACUUUGAUGUUCCCAGAGCUGCCUAUGUAUGCAGGCGACAGAGUGCCAAAAGUGACGAAUUGACGACUCCGAAGGUUUUGAAAUCCCGAUUUAUUAACAGAACAGGAAGACGAGUGAAGUUGGUAGGAUGCAAGAAAUGCAUUAAUUGUCGGAAACCAGACUGCGGCACGUGCAGAUUUUGUUUGGAUAAAAAGAAGUUUGGUGGUCCUGCGAUUGUCAACAAAAGAUGUGCGGAUCGUAGAUGUGAGACACCUCGAGUUCAGAGUAUUCCUACUGUACCACCUCCUGUAUCCUUGCCGGCUCCUGUCGUCAUACCAUCUCCUGUAUCCUUAUCAACUCCUAAUUAUUCCAGUACGGGGAUUAAGGCUAUGGGAUGUAAGGUUUGUGAGGGGUGUACUAGGAAGGAGUGUGGACAUUGUAAAUUCUGUUUAGACAAGCGAAAGUUUGGCGGAAAAUCGAUUCACAAAAAACGAUGCAUUUAUCGUGUUUGUGUUCUCCGCUCUCGGGCUUCCGGCUCAACCACACUCCGCCAUCCUUCAUCUCCUUUCUCCGGUUUACCAGAUAAUCUCAGUGAUAUUUCCGCCUCAGAUGAAUCGGAAGAUUCCCGAUCUGCGUCUCCGGUUCUAGGCGGAGAAAGUUUAGAGGAUUUUGUGGAGAAGGGACUAACCUUAUCCCCACUUAAGAACUUUAACAGCUCAAACAUGAAGGAUGAUUAUCUUGCUUCUAAAAAUCUUCAAGAAAUCCUCGUAGCCAGUUCUGUUAUAUCUCCCGAAAACUGUGAGAUAUCCGUUGAUUACACAGAAGAGUUUAACCCUCUGAUAAACAAUGUUGAAGGACAGGGUGUUAUUCUGAGCAGUAGUCUAAGUGUUAACCUGUGCUACCAAUGUGGGUCAGCAGGGCUUGAGAAGAUGAUAAUUUGUAUCUCAUGUUGUGAACCAGUUCAUCCCUUCUGUCUAGCAGAGGAUGAGAUGCUGAGAAUGAAUGAGGAUAGAUGGGUUUGUUCCCGAUGUAUUCGUUGCAAAGUUUGCGGUCAACUCAAACCAGAGAACUGUGAAGAGACAAAACUUAGGAAGAUCUGCUGUAGCUGUGGAGAUAUGUACCAUCUGAUCUGUAUAAAGGAGAAGGAGGGUAGGAAGGAGAAGGAUUGGAUGUGUGGAUCAUGUUUAAAAUGUUCAAGUUGUGGAGUUGCCAAUGUGAAAACUUACUCCAAGGGAGAUGUACUGUGUACUGAGUGUAGAGCAGCAAAGCUCCGUGGCAGUUACUGUCCUAUCUGUGAACAAUGUUACGAUGACAACGAUUACGAGCUAGCCAUGAUGGAGUGUGGAAAAUGUGGAGGAUGGAUUCAUGCCAAGUGUGAGGGAUUGGACGGAGAACAAUACCAAGUUCUCUCCUUACUCCCUGAUACUGUAGAAUAUAUUUGCAGAUUGUGCAACAAUGCUGCACAUCCCUCUUGGCUUGAGGCUGUUAAUAAUGAUAUUCUGAACAAACAGAAUACAAUUAUUGAGAAUCUGCUACAGCACAAGUACGCUAAAUACUUUAUGAUUUCCAACGCACAAAAGCGUUGUCGCACAACUUCGGACCCUCCUGGUGCUAUUCAUCUAUCCAACUCUAGAAAACUAGAAAAACAAACUACAAGUCCUGAUAAGACAAGUUUUCAAGGACAAAAAGAGGCGAAUGAAUUGUCCUGUUCAAUAGAAGUCGACAUUCUUAGUUCCGACGAUUCUAUUCAUUGGAAAACGGAUGAAAGUUUGCCUGAUUCUGUCGUGACUGUGUCUGCUCCUAGUGUUAGUUCUGAUAUUCUGCAGAAUAUUUUAGAAAAUAUUCAACCAGAAUAUACAAGAAACUGUUGUGUUUGUCUGGAGAAAGUUGAUCACAGCUGGUUGGGACCAAUUCAUCUAAACCAAUCUCCAGAUAUUAAACUAAACAAAGCAGAUCACAAACCUCUAGUUACCUUUCCUAGUCCUACUUAUAGACUGCCUUCUAACCAUAUCCAAAACACAGUUAUAAGUGACCUUAAUACUAGCCUUGUUGACGAUGUUGAUGAUGACGAUGAUGAGGAUAAUAAUGUGUAUGAUCUAGUGGAACUUCAGCAGAAGAUUAAGACCGGACGGAUUGACUCCGUGUUGAGUUUAUAUCUGCAUCUCGUAAACCUUUUGGAAACAAAGAGAAUCAAGAACUGUAUACGCAGCGAAUUCGAUAGAUUAGUUAGAUCUGAGUUCUCCUGGUUUAACCCUGAACAACCAGCUGAGAACUGGUUGCUCUGGCAACCUGGAGAGAAUUCUUCAGAAAGAUUUUAUUCUGUCAGGAACCCCUAUCCUGAGCAUAGCUACAGUCAAGGAAAGGUAGAGAAGAGGGUUGAAGUUACUCUUCAAGAUAUUAAAAAAAUAACUCAAGAGAAGAACUCUGCGCCUGAAUCUGUGAAAUCCAACCCUAAAUCUGACACUGUGAUUGAUUGUGAUGAAAGGAAAUGUUUAUUAUGUGGAAGGGUUGGUGAUAUAGAAGAGAAGUCGGCUGGUCGUCUUCUAUACUACAGGUACAAUGAGUGGGUACAUGUAAACUGUGCGCUCUGGAGUUCUGAAGUAUAUGAGACUGUUGACGGUUCCUUACAAAAUAUUCCUCAGGUUGUAUCUCGAGCUCGAACCCUUGUCUGUUCAUGGUGCGGUAGCAGAGGUGCAGCAGUAGGAUGCUGUCAUGCAAACUGUAGUAGUAACUAUCAUUUCAUCUGUGGACUUGAAGCCCAGGCUGACUACAAGACAGAUAAAACUAUUUACUGCUUGAAGCACGCUCAGAAGUACGCCAGUAAAGAAAACAACGCGGACUUUAGGAUGCUCCGCCGUGUGUUUGUGGAUAGAGAGGCGGAGGAGGGGCGGAAGAAAUGUAAACCAGUGGAUUUCAGGAACCUAAAAUUUGUCCUGGGUGGAGUUAGUAUUGAUAGUUUAGGAACUAUUGUCGAGGAAUCCGGCUCUAAUCAGGCAUUGGUUCCUGUUGGGCUGACAGCUAGGAAAUCAUUCUGGUCUGUACUAAACCCUACACAGCUUACAACGUAUACUUGCACUACAAGGCUGGUUGGUCCUGCUUCACAGCAAGAGGAUUUGGAACCUUUGGUUAUAGACCAUUCAAAGUCAUCGGAGGAGACGGUUAAGAAACUGAUCUUCGAGUUCCAGGGUAGAGUGGAGGAACUCAAUUCAAGGCUCCGACCUAUCCCUGAGUACGACGAGGGUUGUAUAAUACCUCCUGGAGCUGUAGAAGACCUGUGGCCAGGUUUAGAUAUUGAACAACUUCAUUAUCCAUGUUCUCAUAGCUCAGGAGUAGAGAAUAAAGUUUCUGAACCCUCGUCAGAAGUGAAAACUCCUCUCAGCUCCGUAUCUCGUAGAACUAGUAGUCUAACCCCUUCACCAACUCACAGGAAGUUUAACCGUGCUGUCAUAGGAUUCAGAACUCCCAAAAAGGUUCCUGAUGAUCUUGACAUGUUCGAUCUUGAGCUUGAAACAGACGAUCAAUUAGUUAAUGAUAUAUUACUCUCAAGUGAUCUGUCUGGCGAUCUUGAUGAUUUUAAGCAUGACAACUCUUCUACUGGGAAACGGGAAGUAUUCGAACUUAAGUCUUGGUUCAAUGCCAACAAGAGAUGCAAAGUACGGGAGAUUAUUACUCAGACCUCGGCCUCGUAUGACGGGGUCCAACUAGCCUCAGACAAUGUUUAUACCAAUCUCAAGCCACCAUCUCCUGACAGGAUGAGUAUUAAGAGAAAAUAUGAAUGUAUUGAUGAACCCUGCUCUAGGAUUGAUUUGACCAGGGAAAGUUUUCAGUAUUUAACCAGUCUCCAGGACCAAGCCAUUCUGCAGGGAUUCGGCGAACCUUCCAGAUAUCUGGAUGAAAGUACGGAAUCUCAAGAUUUAAUUAGAUUUUUUAACAAGAAAUUGGAAGAUGUUAAGAAACCAGUGUUAGAUAGUAACAGUUCAUUAAAGAUUAUAGAAAGCACAAAUGAGGAGGAAGUUAUGAAUGCAUCAAGAAUUCUUCAAUUUGACGGAGCGGCAGAUGAUAGUGAUGAAGAUAUGAAACCGGAGAUUAAACAAGAAUCCCUUCCUAUUGAAAUUAAAGCCGAGGAAAUGAAGCAGGAGCCUGGUCCUAGUUUUCAUAAAUCUCGGAUAGUUCAGAAACCAAGAGCUCCAAUCCCAACUAAUCUGGACAGAGAGACUGCGUCAGUUGAAAGUGUUUCCUCAGCAGAAUGUGCUAGUCGACCAAGUACUGCGGGUUGCAGUAGCACCAGGGGGGAAACACCGUUUAACCCAACCACUACUAGUACUCCCAUCACGGAGCUAGAGGGAGAUAUAUCUGGAGGUAUUGAUACAUCAGUUCUAUGCCAGGACUGCGGGAACACAUAUGUUGAUAAACAGUAUUAUGAGGCACAUCUAUCAAACUGCGCAAAGGUUGAGGAGAUUAAAGAGGAGAUGGAUGAUAAAAAAAAACUGAACUUAUCCUUACAUUCUGACGGUUCUCCUAGAAAGGAUUUCAGUAUUCAUGGUUUACUCUCUUCGGAGUCUGGUGAGCAGUUGGUGACUAAGGUUGAAGAGAAGGAAGAGGAGAUCAUGAUUAUCAGUGAGAAUAUUAUCAAGAAGCCGGACAAGGUGUUCCGACAACCCAAAUCAAGGGAUAAAAGACAUGGUUCUCGACAAGCUCAUCAUCAACAGCCCCCUGCGGUUGGUUCAGUACAGUAUAUGGGAGGACAACAUCUCCAUGGUGUAUCAGGAGUACCAUCUUUAGCACAAUUUGGGAAUACAUUACUUCAGUAUGGAGGAUAUCAAUAUGGUCUACAACCCUCUAUUAUUCAAUCUAGUGUACUCACGCCUGCUCUAGUACAACCAGUACAACAGCUUGGUGGAUACAUUGCAGUUCCCAGUGUACAACCUCUUACCCAGACAAUAUUUUACAAUAAUAUGCAGUACAAUGUUGGUAUGCAGGGGCAGGUUUUACAACAGCCUGGUAUGAUUUCUAAUCCUGCAUUUGUCUCUGCUUCCCAAUCCAUGGGAUCCGGCUUGUACCAGACCCUUCCUAUCACCAGUUCUAUGUACACUAAUGUACAGCCCAGUCUAUAUUCUAGUGUUCAACAAAAUUCAUUAUUCUCCGGUGUACAGCCUACUUCUAUGUACUCCAAUGUACAGCCAACGUCUGUCUACUCUACUGUACAACCAGCCACUUCCAUUCAUUCUAGUGCCGCUACUAGCUCUCAUGUUUACUCCAAUAUUCAGUUUAAACAAGAGUCAGUCCCAACUCCUCAACCUAUUCUACAGAAACCAGAGCCUAAUACCAUCUAUCCUCCUCCUAAGAAAAUAGCCCGGGUUCAACCUACUCCUCAUGUUGUUCGUCCUAUUCCCACUAAACCAACCUCUGCUCCGCAUAGAUUCCCACCUCCAUCUCACACUCCCAUAUCAAGCUUUAGCGAUGGACUGUCCGGUAGCAGAACUACUCCAACUCCACCCCCAGCCAAACAUUCUAUUCUCGCCAGACCUAAACUAGAUCCAAUGAAAGCCCUGACGUCUCUUUCUAAAAAUCCUUUAAAUGAUAAACCUACCGACCUUUCUAAACCUAAAGCAACUGGGAGUGUUCUUGAUCUUUCUCUAUCCCGACCUAGCUCUGCUUCAAGGCCAGGAUCAGCCGCAUCAAGACCUAACUCCGUAGAAAUCAUCCCUAGUCAAAGUGUGAUUACUACUUCAGAUAAUAUUGUAAAUGUUGAGGAUGAGGAUGAGACAGAUGAGUAUGAUUAUCCGUCCAGUCCUGAACCUAACCUAAAUAUCAAGUACGAGGGUGGGAUCAAUGUAACCACUAAACCAUCCAAAACUAACAGUAUCAAGAUUGUGCUUCAACGUGAGAACUCGGAGGAAGAUUACAAUAUACGAGAGGUGAUGAUCAAAGAUGGGAGUCAGGCAAGCUCGGAUACCAUUGGUCCAAAAUCUGCCCUACAAGCACUGAAGAUCAAGGCACGGAUAUCUAGGAAAAUGAAAUCCAAAACUGAAGCAUUCACCGUUCCGUUAGAUGCAUACGGACAUGCCUAUCCUUCACGAGAAACCUUCAUCAACGAAUUAGAAGUUGGAGACGACCAGCAGGAAUCAGGAAACCAAAUUUCUAAACAGAAAAAUGUAGAUUUAAAAUCCUUGAACCCUGAUCAACCGAGGAUAUUGUUUGAUCUCAGCUCCGCUGACGGUGGUUUCCAUGCCUCUGGAAGUGAUAUAACUGUUCUUUGGAAGAAAGUGUACGACGCUGUGUCUCACACUCGCUCUGGACUUAAAACGUCCCAGUUGCCAUCUUCUCUAGGUCCCACCGGAGAACAGAUGUUAGGUUUGACCCAUUCCGCUCUUCGUUAUCUCCUUGAACAGUUCCCUGGGGCACGGCGAACCUCCAAGUACGAAUGGAAGCACUUUGAGCCUGAACCGGUAGCCGAAGUUAAGAUGAAUCCGACCGGUUGCGCUCGAUCUCAACCCUACACUGGUCGGUCAGCUACUGAUAUGUUUAAAUGGUUGGCGAGCAGACACCGUAAGAAACCGCAUCCUAAUGUUGGAGUUAUUGUUCCUCCAGAAGUUGCCAAUGAUCCCAGUAUGCAGGUUGCUAGCGGGAGAAGAGCGACUAGUCUAGAUCUACCGAUGGCUAUGAGAUACAGACAUCUAGCCAAGACUGCCCGUGAGGCGGUGGGAGUAUACGCUAGUAAUAUCCACGGGAUAGGACUGUUCUGUAAACGUGAGAUAUCUGCUGGGGAGAUGGUUAUAGAAUAUGCAGGAGAGAAGAUUAGAGCAAUACUUACUGAUUAUAGAGAACGCUACUAUGAGAGCAAGGGAAUUGGCUGCUAUAUGUUCCGAGUUGACGAUGAUCUUGUGGUUGAUGCAACAGUUAAAGGAAAUGCUGCCAGGUUUAUAAAUCAUGCUUGUGAACCUAACUGUUACAGUAAAAUCUGUGAUAUUCUAGGGAAGAAACAUAUCAUCAUUUUCUCAUUACGAAAAAUAUUGCCUGGGGAGGAGUUGACCUACGACUACAAGUUUCCUAUCGAAGAUGUCAAGAUUAAAUGCUAUUGCGGAGCUAGAAAAUGUAAAAAGUUUAUGAACUAAAACAUCAUACUUGCUCAAACACCCUGUAUUGAAAAAUAUGAACUUAAUCCGAAUCCUAGUUCAUUAAGUACCCCUGAUCGUAUCUUACAUUAAAUACUCCUUUCUUACAUUGAGAGAUAUUUCAAUCUUUAUUUUAUAUCUAUUUUGUUUAUUUUAUUUGUACCCUGAUUGAAUUAUACAUUUUUUUAGCAUUGCAGUUAUAACAUCCUUUUAUAUCGUAUGACAUUAAUUAAACCUGUUGUUUUGUGAUAUUUUACAUUUAUUAUUACUAGACUGGGUUGAUUUGAUUUGUUAGGUUACCUGCUGACAUUAUUUAAAAAUACGAACUCUACUGCCAUAUCAUACCCUGAACCAUAAAUAUACUUAUUCUUAGUUACUUUAUAAUGUUUUGUUAAAAUAUAUAUUUACUUGCUAGAUAA